CUCAUUUUCUUUCUAUUCUCGACCUCAACCUUAUUUUCUCCGAACUGAACCAGAGACGGAAAAGAGAAAACCUCUUUCUCUUCUUUUUCCUUCAACUAAACUAAGAAGUCCCCGAGAGCUCUGCAUAUCUUCUUCUUCAUCGGUACUAAAAAGGCCCCCUGAAAGCCCUAGCAUCUUGCUCUAGUUUCCUGCUUCUCUUUUUCCUCUUCAACUGCCGCAACUCAAACUCAAAAUUUCUUCUUAUUUUUAACCCUGCUUAAAAAUUCAGAGCUUGUAUACCAGCGAUCUGUAGAACACUUUUCAAUUGCAUGCAGUUGAUUCUCGUGAUUUUAUAUGAGAAAUUGAUUAAUGAAAGUUCAAUUGAAGAAGUUGUUGAAAAUUGAAGGAUUUCCACCAAAAGUUAGGGCAAAGAAUAACACUUUGCUGUAAUAUUAUCUUACAACUUCGGUUUCGGUUUCGGGCGGAGCUGGAAAGGGCUUUGAUGUGACAAAUUUCUGGUAGCUUCCUCUGUUUGAUCACAUUGCCACAUGCCUCUGUUUUGGUGCUUCCUAUUAUGAGUGUAUGAAGAAACAGCUGGUUCAACUGUCAAUGACCCUGUUUUAGAGAGUUCACAACGCAUGCUAGAACAGAUUCCCUUUCAAUUGCCAGGCAAACCAAGAUUGAUUUUGCUGCUGGAAUAGAAAGCCUUCGCACCUAUAGAAAGUUGGGUAGUGGAAUCAAAAGAAGAUCAUGUCUUCUCAUGAAGAAGUAUCUGAAGCUAGUGAAGGGCAUUUAGAACCCGAGGAAGAUGAAGAUGAAGAUGUUGAUUUUAAUCCAUUUCUUAAUGAAGCCCAUUCACCUGAAGCGUCUUCAAGCUUAAGUUCUGAAGAUGAAGAAGAUUUAGGCACAGAUUUGGUGGACAAUGCUGAAACUUCUGCUUUCGAAGAAACUGAUUUUCCUUUAAACUUAACUGAUAGAGCGCAUGAUUACAUUGAUAGGGACUCAGAAAAUGAAGAGGUUCUGAUGCAAAACCAAGAUUAUUCCAACAGUAUAGAAUUAGGAGAUGCUACUACUGGUAAUUCCAAGAAGAGGAAAUUAGCCUCAGAUUUGGUAGAUGAAAUCGAGUCUAUGCAUCUAGCAGGGAGCAGUAGUUCAAAAGAUGCUUCCCCUGUGGAGAACAGCUUGAGAGUUGGAAACACUUACGUCCGGAUGAAUGAUGGAGAAUCGCCAAAUUCAAGAAAUUUUGAUGAAGAGGAUGCCAUUUGCAGGCGUACUAGGGCUCGCUACUCAUUAGCUAGUUCUACUCUUGAAGAGUUGGAGACCUUUCUUCAGGAAACUGAUGAUGAUGACGACCUUCAGAAUAUAGACGAUGAACAAGAAUAUCGUAAAUUUCUUGCAGGUGUGUUGCAAGGUGGAGAUGAUAAAGGUGGGAGAGAUCAAGAGAAUGCUGUUAUCGAGGAUGAUGAUGAAGAAAAUGAUGCAGAUUUUGAGAUUGAAAUUGAAGAGGCACUGGAUAGUGACCUUGAUGAAAGUAUGCAGGAUAAGAGGCAAACUGAAAAAUAUGCGGUGGAAGGUCGUCGACCCAUAACCAGACAAAAUAGAAGCCAAAAAGUAUUGGCUCAAGAUAAGAAGAUGGGACAAGCCAAUAGGCCAUUGCGUCCUUUAUUGCCCACAGUUUCAAUGCCACAGUUCACACCUUUUCCUCGUCAUGGUGGACAAGGUUUUAUACCUGGUACCUCUUAUCAGGGUUUAUCCUCGUCGCACCAUACCAAUCAAGUGAAUGGAUUUUCUCCGCAUCAAAUAGGGCAGUUACAUUGUUUGAUACAUGAGCAUGUACAACUUCUUGUUCAGGUAUUUUCUCUCUGUGUUUUUGAUCCAUCGCGUCAACACAUUGCUAAUGAAGUUAGUGGAAUGAUUUCUCAAUUGGUUAGACGACGUGAUGAAGUUUCAUCAUGGAAAGUAGUUCCAUAUCCUGGAAACUGCUUCCUACCUCCAUGCACUCAACCAUCAGUUUCAGAUAGGCCUUCAGAUGGAAGAAGUUAUGAGCACGAUCAAUCCAGCAAUGUGAAUGCCCUAAGUUCUGCUGAGGAUUCUGUAUGGCAGCCUCUUACAACUGGUCCUGUAACAUCCAUUCUUGACGUGGCUCCACUUCGUUUAGUUGGGGGCUAUAUGGUUGAUAUUGCUGAAGUUGCGAAAGAGAAUCGACAGCGUUUUACCAAAUCCGCAAACGUUGAUGCUAUCGGAAAAGAACCCCUGUUUCCCCUUCCUAGUUUUCUUUCAGCAGCUGAAAGUAAUCGAGGAGUUUUGGGAGGUUGCUCUUCUGGUAAUCGUCUACCUAAGAAGACAUUGGCUGCUUCAAUUGUAGAAUCUUCCAAGAAACAACCAGUUUCCCUUGUCCCGAAGGAAAUAGUUAAGUUAGUACAGCGAUUUUAUCCACUAUUCAAUUCAGCAUUAUUUCCACAUAGGCCGCCUCCAUCAUCUGUUGUAAAUCGGGUGCUCUUCACUGACAAUGAAGAUGAAUUACUGGCACUUGGAAUGAUGGAAUACAACACGGACUGGAAGGCAAUUCAGCAGCGCUUUCUUCCUUGUAAAUCCAAGCAUCAGAUCUUUGUUAGACAGAAAAAUCGCUGCUCUUCCAAAGCACCUGAUAAUUCAAUAAAGGCAGUGCGAAGAAUAAAGACUUCUCCUUUGACUGCAGAAGAGAAGGCACGCAUUGAUGAGGGGCUCGGUGUCUUUAAGCUCGACUGGAUGUCUGUUUGGAAAUUUAUUGUCCCUCAUAGGGAUCCAUCCUUGCUGCCCCGGCAAUGGCGAAUUGCUAGUGGAACCCAGAAAUCGUAUAAAUCAGAAGGAGCUAAAAAAGAAAAGAGGCGAUUAUAUUCACAAGAAAGACGAAAAAGUAUCGCUGCAGCAGGUUCAGCCAAUCUGGGAACUGUGACAGAGAAAGAGGGUCAUGUGGCUGAUAAUGUUGAUCAAGGGAAUAGAACUGGAAAUGAUGACAUGGAAGAUGAAGAUGAAGCCUACGUACAUGAAGCCUUUUUAGCAGAUUGGAGACCUACAGAUUCUAGGAUUGCUCCAUCAAAUCCUUGUGGAAAAGAAUACCAGUCUGGUGGUGAAAAUCAAUCUGGUCACCCGUUCUCUGGAUCUCGUUCUGUACAUGACUAUGCAAAUGGAUUAUUUGCUGCUCCAAACAACUCUCUACAAUCACAGAAUGUAUCUCAUGUUGCUCAUAUGAGAUACAGUCCAGCGUGUGCCAUGAGUCCCAACCAGCAUGCUCCUGAUUGGAUUUCUAAAUCUUCGAGAAGUCAAGUCAAAUUGAAACCUUAUCGAGCUCGUAGAAAGAAAACUACGCAGUUAGUCCAGUUAGCACCUAGCUUACCUCCCGUAAACCUUCCUGCAUCUGUCCAUGUCAUCUCCCAAUCUGCUUUCAAAACUUAUUGUGGACCAUCUCAUUCUACCAGAGUUCCUUCUAGUAAUGUAGGAACAGAAGAUCUUGCUCCUGCGCGCAUGUUGGGGACUUCCGGUGCUGGAAAUCCUCAGAAGAGAAAUACUCCCACCUGUUUGCAAGGUCCAAGAUUUGAUAUGAAUUCAAUUGCCAUGGAGGAAAAAGGUUCUGAAUCAGAUCUGCAGAUGCACCCAUUGCUGUUUCAGGGUUCUGAAGACAACCGCUCUUCUUACUGUCAGACAAAUUACAGUACAAGUUCCAGUACUUUCAGUUUCUUACCAGGAAACCAUCUUCAGUCAAAUCUUAAUUUUCCCUCGACUUCUCAGCACGUGGGUUCUCCAGUUAACCAGUUUUAUACAUCUCUGGGGUUGGGAGAAACACCUUCCACCACAUCCACAAUUGAUUUUCAUCCACUCUUGCAAAGACCAGAUAUCGUUAAUAAAGACUCGGUUAACUUGUCUGGUAACUCAUCAUUUGAUUUUAAAUCAUUUGGAGGUAAUCAUUCCCAACUUAAAAAUUCUUCUGGUUCUGUUCAUAUCAGUAAUUCUGAACCCGCCAGCCUUACUGGGAACACAAACGAAAUAGAUUUAGAAAUUCACUUAAGUUCUACACCAAGGAAGGUUAAAGACAUGGGAAUUAGAAAUGAGAAAGAGAAUAGUGUAAGUGCUUGUGCUGUGGCUCUAGAUAGCAAUUGCCUAGGUGAACAAUCACUUCCAGAAAUAGUCAUGGAGCAAGAAGAGUUGAGUGACUCUGAGGAAGAAAUUGGUGAAGAUGUAGAAUUCGAACGCGAGGAAAUUGCUGAUUCUGAAGAUGAUGAUCCGAACUCUGCACAGCUUGUGGAGACAACAACUAAGGAGGUCCAAGUAAUUGCGGGUAAGGAAUUUGGUAUGAAUAAGAAGAGCAGUGCGUUUAGAUCUUGGGGUAGUUCACAUGUAAGUAGUUCAAAUAUAACCCGUGUAGGAUCUCUUUCGAAUUCAGAACAGAAAUUUGUAGGACAUCAAAAUGACCGGGAUCAAGCUAGUAAGAGUUUCUCAGCUCAGCCUAGACGUACCAGGUUGAGCAAACGGAUUGCAAAAGGUGUUGCAGUGCAAGAGAUUCCUCUGCUUGGUGCUAAAUGCGCGAGAUGUGUUUCUCCUCAAAGAAAACCUAGGAAAAAUGUGCGAAAAAAUGGCAAAUCAGGACGCUGUCUUGCAAACAAUAGUUUGGCUCCAUUUUGUCUCGAGGAGUCUUCUUCACAAAAAGAUGGUGAUUCCAAAAAAGUUACGGAUAUGAGUUUUGUUCGACCAACACCUCUUAAAGCAGGCUGGAAAGCUGUAAUGGGGCUUGAAGUGGAAGAACCCAGGCUUCGGUUGUAGAGAUUCUUUGUUGUUUCUUACUCUUGCUGUAAAUAUGAUUCCUUCAUUUGAAUGAAAUAAUUUUGCAUAUAUAUAUGUGUGUUUCAUAUUGAA